UCCACUGUCCGGAUUCCCCACCAAGCAAUACGCAAAGACCGACCCAACAGGACAAUUCUAGACUCUUCCACUUUAUUCACGUAGCAUAAUAUUUCACAAAAUCCAACGGUUAAAGGCACACACGACUUUAUGGUGAACAAAUCUCAACCGUCAAUUUGAUACUACAUACAAAAAGUACUAUAUAUGUAUAAUAUAUAAUAUGCUCUUGAACGUCUGUGGGCUCAUUUUCUAUCUGUUUCAGGAAUUGUACAAAAAUAUAUCAAUCGAUUUGAAUUGUGUUGCGAUUGUUGAAAGGAUUUGGAACUAGGGUUUUUGAUUUGGAAGGGUUUUGGGUUGAAUUGUUGAAGAGAGAAGAUGUUUGGGAGGGGCUCAAAGAAGAGUGAUAACACCAAGUACUAUGAGAUAUUGGGUGUGUCCCAGAACGCGUCUCAGGAUGAUUUGAAGAAGGCGUAUCGCAAAGCAGCCAUCAAGAACCACCCCGACAAGGGUGGUGACCCUGAGAAGUUUAAGGAGCUUGCUCAGGCAUACGAGGUUUUGAGUGAUCCUGAGAAGCGUGAGAUUUAUGAUCAAUAUGGUGAGGAUGCACUCAAGGAAGGAAUGGGUGGUGGCGGUGGCAUGCAUGACCCGUUCGAAAUCUUCCAAUCAUUUUUUGGCGGGAACCCAUUUGAAGGUGGUGGUAGCCGAAGGGGACGAAGGCAGAGGAGGGGAGAAGAUGUUGUCCACCCCUUGAAGGUUACUUUGGAGGAAUUGUACAAUGGAACAACUAAGAAGCUAUCCCUGUCCCGAAAUGUUAUAUGCCCAAAGUGCAAUGGUAAGGGAUCUAAAUCUGGAGCUUCGAUGAAGUGUUCCGGUUGUCAAGGAUCGGGAAUGAAAGUCACAAUUAGACAACUUGGCCCCUCUAUGAUGCAGCAAAUGCAGCAUCCUUGCAAUGAAUGCAAGGGGACUGGAGAGGUCAUUGACGAAAAAGACCGAUGCCUGCAGUGCAAGGGUGAGAAGGUUGUUCAAGAGAAGAAGGUGCUUGAAGUCUUCGCGGAGAAGGGCAUGCACAACGGACAGAAGAUAACAUUCCCUGGGGAGGCUGACGAAGCUCCUGACACGAUCACUGGGGAUAUAGUCUUCGUCAUCCAGCAGAAGGAACAUCCCAGGUUCAAGAGGAAGGGUGAUGACCUCUUUGUGGAGCAUACAUUGACUCUUACUGAGGCUUUGUGUGGCUUCCAGUUCAUACUUACUCACUUGGAUGGAAGGCAGCUCCUUAUUAAAUCAAACCCGGGGGAAGUUGUGAAGCCUGAUUCUUAUAAGGCGAUCAACGAUGAGGGUAUGCCAAUAUACCAAAGGCCAUUCAUGAAGGGGAAGCUCUACAUCCAUUUCACUGUUGAGUUCCCGGAUUCGCUGAGCCCUGAGCAGGUUACGGCGCUCGAGGCAAUCUUACCACCGAAACCGUCAAUGGAGCUGACAGACAUGGAGUUGGAUGAGUGUGAGGAACCCACAUUGUUUGAUGUCAACAUCGAAGACGAGAUGCGGCGAAAGCAGGCUCAAGCUCAGGAGGCAUAUGAUGAGGAUGAGGACAUGCCUGGAGGAGCUCAGAGGGUGCAAUGUGCCCAGCAGUGAUGACUUGAAAUUUGGUUAUUUUGGCUAGUGUUGUUGUAGUUGUAGUCCAAAAACAGCAGUAUGUGAACCAGAUUGUGGGCUUGCCAACUGCUGGUUGUUGGUAAAUAUAAUGUCAUACAUUGGCAUUUUGUGUUUUAUUAGUGUUGUUAAGCAGAAUUUUGCGUUUGUUGUGCA